GUCGGAGCGCAGCGAGGUGCUCUGGGAUCGCGGGCGGCGCCGGCGGGCGGCGCGGUCCUCACAGGAGACCCCGGGGACUCGGGCUUGACCCCGAGGUGCAGCGAACCCCCCUCAGAGCGGCAGUUUUGUGAAUACUAGACUAGCACAACCAUGUUUCGGAAUAGUCUCAAGAUGCUUCUUACUGGAGGGAAAUCAAGUCGUAAGAACAGAUCAAGUGAUGGAGGGAACGAGGAAGGACCGGAUCGAAGACAGUCAAGUGUAGACUCUCGCCAAAGCCGCUCUGGGCAAGGUGGCAUCUCCACAGAAAGCGACUGUGCUUUUGAGCCAGACUACGCUGUCCCACCACUUGCAGUGAGUGAAGGUAUGCAGCACAUUCGGAUUAUGGAGGGCAUGUCUCGCUCUCUUCCAUCCUCCCCCUUACUCACACAUCAGUCUAUCAGUGUUCGGCUCCAACCUGUGAAGAAGUUAACUGCCCCUCUGAGGAAGGCAAAGUUUGUUGAGAGCCCACGAAUUCCAGAAUCCGAGCUUGGCUCACCAACCCUCACUUCAGCUCAGAAACUGGACGUGGAUGCAUACUGCCCUGGUGAUGCUGAACAAGAACUUGGUCCCCCUCCAUCUGUAGAUGAGGCAGCAAACACACUCAUGACUCGUCUGGGUUUCCUCCUUGGAGAGAAAGUCACGGAAGUUCAGCCAGGUGACCAAUACAACAUGGAAGUACAGGAUGAAAAUCAGACCUCAGCAAUCACCCAGAGGAUAAGUCCCUGUUCCACCUUGACUAGCAGCACUGCCUCUCCACCAGCCAGUAGCCCCUGCUCCACUCUCCCGCAAGUCAGUACAAAUGCAACUGCCAAGGAUGGCAGCUAUGGGGCUGUCACUAGUCCAACCUCCACCCUUGAAAGCAGAGAUAGUGGUAUCAUUGCUACCUUGACAAGCUAUUCUGAAAACAUGGAACGCGCAAAAUACGUUGGGGAAAGCAGUAAAGAAUUAGGAUCUGGAGGAAACCUAAAGCCUUGGCAGUCUCAAAAAUCCAGCAUGGAUUCCUGUUUAUAUCGAGUAGAUGAAAACAUGACGGCUUCCACCUAUAGUCUGAAUAAGAUCCCAGAGAGGAAUUUGGAAACAGUUUUAUCACAGUCAGUACAGUCUAUUCCUCUUUAUCUUAUGCCACGGCCAAAUUCAGUAGCAGCUACAAGCUCCACCCACUUGGAGGACCUCGCUUACCUGGAUGAGCAGAGACAUACACCCUUGAGAACUUCUCUUCGAAUGCCAAGACAGAGCAUGGCCGGUGCUCGCACACAACAGGAUUUAAGAGUUCGCUUUGCACCUUAUAGGCCUCCAGAUAUCUCCCUGAAGCCGCUGCUCUUUGAAGUGCCCAGCAUCACUACAGAGUCAGUGUUUGUUGGCCGGGAUUGGGUUUUCCACGAAAUAGAUGCUCAACUUCAAAGUUCAAAUGCCAGCGUGAACCAAGGAGUAGUGAUCGUGGGAAACAUUGGGUUCGGCAAAACCGCCAUCAUCUCCAGACUGGUGGCCCUCAGCUGCCAUGGAACACGGAUGAGACAGAUCGCCUCAGACAGCCCACACGCCUCCCCCAAACAUGUGGAUGCCAACAGAGAGCUGCCACUCACACAGCCACCUUCAGCCCACUCAUCCAUCGCCAGUGGAAGCUGCCCAGGAACUCCAGAAAUGCGGAGGCGGCAGGAGGAGGCCAUGCGGAGACUAGCCUCGCAGGUGGUUGCCUAUCACUAUUGCCAAGCAGAUAACGCCUACACCUGCCUGGUGCCGGAAUUCGUCCACAAUGUUGCUGCCCUGCUCUGCCGCUCACCGCAGCUGGCGGCCUAUCGGGAGCAGCUUCUCCGGGAGCCUCACCUACAGAGCAUGCUGAGCCUUCGGUCCUGUGUUCAAGAUCCCAUGGCCUCCUUCCGGAGGGGAGUGCUGGAGCCCCUGGAGAAUCUCCACAAAGAGAGAAAAAUCCCAGAUGAAGAUUUCAUCAUCUUAAUUGAUGGAUUAAAUGAAGCAGAAUUUCACAAACCGGAUUAUGGGGAUACAAUUGUAUCAUUUCUGAGUAAAAUGAUUGGAAAAUUUCCUUCCUGGCUCAAACUAAUUGUAACAGUUAGGACCAGUUUACAGGAAAUUACCAAGCUGCUGCCUUUCCAUAGGAUUUUUUUGGAUCGACUAGAAGAGAAUGAAGCCAUAGACCAGGACCUGCAGGCUUACAUCCUGCACCGGAUACACAGCAGCUCAGAGAUCCAGAAUAACAUUUCACUUAAUGGCAAAAUGGACAAUACUACAUUUGGCAAACUCAGUUCUCAUCUCAAGACACUCAGUCAAGGGUCCUAUCUAUACCUGAAACUCACAUUUGACCUCAUAGAGAAAGGCUAUCUAGUGUUAAAGAGCUCUAGCUACAAAGUAGUUCCUGUUUCGCUCUCUGAGGUUUACUUACUCCAGUGCAAUAUGAAGUUCCCAACCCAGUCUUCCUUUGACCGGGUGAUGCCUCUCCUGAAUGUGGCAGUGGCCUCUCUCCACCCACUGACUGAUGAACACAUCUUCCAAGCCAUCAAUGCUGGCAGCAUUGAAGGCACGCUAGAAUGGGAGGAUUUUCAGCAGAGAAUGGAGAACCUCUCCAUGUUCCUAAUCAAGCGCAGAGACAUGACUCGUAUGUUUGUGCAUCCUUCUUUUCGAGAAUGGCUUAUCUGGAGAGAAGAAGGAGAGAAAACCAAAUUUCUCUGUGAUCCCAGGAGUGGUCACACAUUACUUGCCUUCUGGUUUUCCCGCCAAGAGGGAAAACUAAACCGACAGCAGACAAUUGAACUGGGACAUCACAUCCUCAAAGCACACAUUUUUAAGGGUUUGAGUAAAAAAGUUGGAGUAUCAUCCUCCAUCCUCCAAGGUCUCUGGAUCUCCUAUAGCACAGAGGGUCUUUCCAUGGCAUUGGCAUCUUUACGAAAUCUCUAUACUCCAAAUAUAAAGGUCAGCCGACUGCUGAUUUUGGGAGGUGCCAACAUUAAUUACCGGACAGAGGUUUUAAAUAAUGCUCCAAUUCUAUGUGUCCAGUGUCAUCUUGGUUACACAGAAAUGGUGGCCCUGCUGUUGGAGUUUGGGGCCAACGUGGAUGCCUCCUCGGAAAGCGGCCUGACUCCUCUGGGCUAUGCUGCAGCCGCAGGCUUCCUAAGCAUUGUCGUGCUGCUGUGCAAGAAACGGGCCAAGGUGGAUCACUUGGAUAAGAAUGGGCAGUGUGCCUUGGUCCAUGCUGCACUCCGAGGUCAUCUGGAGGUUGUCAAGUUUUUGAUUCAGUGUGACUGGACAAUGGCAGGCCAGCAGCAAGGGGUGUUUAAGAAGAGCCACGCCAUCCAGCAGGCCCUCAUCGCUGCAGCCAGCAUGGGUUAUACUGAGAUUGUCUCCUACCUACUUGAUCUUCCAGAAAAAGAUGAGGAGGAGGUGGAGCGAGCACAGAUCAACAGCUUUGACAGCCUCUGGGGAGAGACAGCCCUGACAGCUGCAGCCGGAAGGGGCAAACUGGAGGUGUGUCGUCUGCUCCUGGAACAGGGGGCAGCAGUGGCCCAGCCAAACCGCCGAGGGGCAGUGCCCUUAUUCAGCACCGUUCGCCAAGGCCACUGGCAGAUUGUUGAUCUUUUACUCACCCAUGGAGCUGAUGUCAACAUGGCGGACAAGCAGGGCCGUACUCCCCUGAUGAUGGCGGCUUCCGAAGGCCACCUGGGAACUGUGGACUUUCUCCUUGCUCAAGGUGCCUCCAUCGCGCUAAUGGACAAAGAAGGAUUGACAGCCCUCAGCUGGGCUUGUUUGAAGGGUCAUCUCUCGGUAGUACGUUCUCUGGUGGAUAAUGGAGCUGCCACAGACCAUGCUGACAAGAAUGGCCGCACCCCACUGGAUCUGGCGGCUUUCUACGGUGAUGCUGAGGUGGUCCAGUUCCUGGUGGAUCACGGGGCCAUGAUCGAGCACGUCGACUACAGCGGGAUGCGCCCUUUGGAUAGGGCAGUGGGGUGCCGGAACACUUCUGUUGUUGUCACUCUUCUGAAGAAAGGAGCCAAGAUAGGUUGUCAGACGUUACCGAGUCGCCCACGAGGUCCAGCCACAUGGGCGAUGGCCACCUCCAAACCAGACAUCAUGAUCAUCCUGCUGAGCAAGCUGAUGGAAGAGGGGGACAUGUUUUAUAAGAAAGGGAAAGUAAAGGAAGCUGCCCAGCGUUACCAGUACGCUCUGAAGAAAUUCCCUAGAGAAGGGUUUGGUGAGGACUUGAAAACCUUCCGGGAGCUAAAAGUGUCUCUCCUCCUCAACCUCUCUCGAUGUCGCAGGAAAAUGAACGAUUUUGGAAUGGCGGAGGAAUUUGCUACUAAGGCCCUGGAGCUGAAACCGAAAUCUUAUGAAGCUUACUAUGCAAGAGCAAGGGCAAAACGCAGCAGCAGCAGACAGUUUGCAGCAGCCUUAGAGGACCUGAACGAGGCCAUCAAGCUGUGUCCAAACAACCGUGAGAUCCAGAGACUCCUGCUGAGAGUGGAGGAAGAGUGCCGACAGAUGCAGCAACAGCCGCCGGCGGCACAGCAGCAGCCUCAGCAGCAGUUACCGGAAGAAACAGAACCCGAACCCCAGCCUGAAGAUAUCUACUCCGUGCAGGACAUACUCGAGGAGGAGUUCUUGGAACAGGAUGUUGAGAAUGUGUCCAUCGGCCUCCAGACGGAGGCUCGGCCCAGCCAGGGGCUCCCGAUAAUCCAGAGCCCGCCCUCCUCCCCGGCCCACCGCGACUCGGCCUGCAUCUCCAGCUCGCCUCUCGGCUCCCACCAGGGUUUUGACUUCCGGCCCAGCAGCUCUGUGGGCUCUCCCACUAGGCAGGGUUACCAGUCCGCCUCACCUGCCCUUUCUCCAACUCACCAGAACUCGCAUUACAGGCCCAGCCCCCCGCAUACUUCCCCCGCUCAUCAGGGAGGGUCUUACCGCUUCAGCCCCCCUCCUGUGGGAGGGCAGGGCAAGGAGUACCCGAGCCCGCCCCCGUCCCCUCUCCGCAGAGGCCCUCAGUAUCGGGCCAGCCCUCCGGCGGAAAGCGUGAGCGUCUACAGAGCCCAGUCAGGCUCGCCCGUGCGCUAUCAGCAAGAAACAAGUGUGAGUCAGCUUCCUGGCAGACCGAAAUCUCCAUUAUCCAAGAUGGCCCAGCGGCCCUACCAGAUGCCCCAGCUUCCUGUGGCAGUGCCCCAGCAAGGGCUCAGGCUCCAGCCGGCCAAAGCCCAGAUCGUGAGAAGCAACCAGCCCAGCUCAGCAGUUCAUUCGAGCACCGUCAUCUCCACAGGGGCCUAUGGCCAAGCGGCCCAUUCAAUGGCUGCUAAAUACCAGUCUUCACAAGGAGACACAGGAGUAAGUCAGAGCCGGUUGGUUUAUCAGGGGUCCAUCGGGGGGCUUGUAGGGGACGGGAGACCCGUGCAGCAUGUGCAGGCCAGCCUGAGUGCAGGCGCCAUCUGUCAGCACGGAGGGUUGACCAAAGAAGAGCUUCCCCAGCGACCUUCCUCCGCCUAUCGAGGUGGCGUGAGAUACAGCCAGACACCACAGAUUGGGCGUAGCCAGUCCGCAUCCUAUUACCCAGUCUGUCACUCAAAACUAGAUCUGGAGCGUUCCUCCAGCCAACUAGGUUCCCCCGAUGUGUCACAUUUAAUCAGAAGACCUAUUAGUGUCAACCCUAAUGAAAUCAAACCCCACCCACCAACUCCCAGGCCAUUGCUGCACUCCCAAAGCGUAGGCCUUCGUUUCUCUCCAUCUAGCAAUAGUAUCUCAUCCGCCUCCAACCUAACUCCUACCUUCCGGCCAUCUUCCUCGAUUCAACAAAUGGAGAUCCCACUGAAACCGGCAUACGACAGGUCAUGUGACGAGCUAUCGCCAGUGUCUCCCACUCAGGGAGGUUACCCCAGUGAGCCCACCCGAUCCAGGACCACACCAUUCAUGGGGAUCAUAGAUAAAACGGCCCGGACUCAACAGUACCCCCACCUUCACCAGCAGAAUCGGACCUGGGCAGUGUCAUCAGUGGAUACCGUUCUCAGUCCUACGUCUCCAGGCAACCUGCCUCAGCCUGAGUCCUUCAGCCCACCGUCAUCCAUCAGCAACAUUGCCUUUUAUAACAAAACCAACAAUGCACAGAACGGCCAUUUGCUGGAGGACGAUUACUACAGCCCCCAUGGGAUGCUGGCUAACGGGUCCCGCGGAGACCUGCUGGAGAGAGUUAGCCAGGCCUCCUCGUACCCCGACGUGAAGGUGGCUCGGACCCUCCCUGUGGCUCAGGCGUACCAGGACAACCUGCACAGGCAGCUGUCCCGGGACCCUCGACAUGGGCAGACGUCCCCUAUCAAACCAAAGAGACCAUUUGUGGAGUCUAAUGUUUAAAAGACGUGUGUUGGAGCGAGACCCCUAUGUGUUCACUGCACAUUUUCAGGCUUGGUUUCCACAUUCGAGGUAGUUCUCUGGCUUAAUUUCUCAUGUAGUUUCCGCGUGGUGUUCAGAGGUGGCAGCCCACAUGCCGAAAUCCUUUGCAUGCAGCCGACUGGGAAGCUGGCCUCCGGGGAGCCGGGACUUGGGUUUCUUUUGUCUGUACCCUAGCCACACGCUCUCUCCCUCUCUUCAGAUGCCAACGAGGAGAUUGUUGUGCCGUGUGCUUUAACCCAGGGAGAUCAGACACACUGGUCAGCUUUUUCCAGGAGACAAUCGCUUUCACUGAUGUUCUUGUUGUGUAAAAUGUCUUUCUCCUUUUUUACAAAAAUAAGAUGUUCUUGUUCGUUUUCUUCUAGGAACUUUAGAAAGAGUGUGAUGCCCCUUUGCCUUUGCAUUCUUAUCCAGUGUUAUCCAAAUAGCAGCCCCAGUGCAUUCUUGUGCCAUGGUCUCCUCCCCUGGACCGCCAGCUCCCUGCAGCCACCAGGUCUAGAAUGUUCAUUUAGAUUAUUGCUGGUCUUCCUAUGGGGGGUAAAGGAUCAAGGAGAAAGAGAAGAAAUAAGAAAGCACCAAUACAGUUAUUUGAAAUGUCACUACAUGGAUUUCCCAAGAGGCGUUUUAGGAACAUUCAGAAAACAACCAGCCCUUUAAAUAUUUCAGUCAGCUGAGGAAACUGGAUGAGAAUCAUGCAUAUUUUUAAAUAAUUCACUGAGUUAUUCUUUACGUUUUUAGCCAAAUUAACCAUUAAAAGCUACCAAUUUUCCAUGGGUGGGGGAGAGAAUAAAUACAUAGAGAGAGACUGUUCUGGAUUCUCAGUGGAAGGCUGUAGAAAAUCUGUCUUGGAGAAAUCUGCUUUCUGGGUUCUGAUACGUCACUGAGCAUCGUAUUCCACAAAAAGCAUACUCUUCCCGGAGGUUGACUGGUGUAUAAUCCUGUUAAGUUGGAUCUUUGCCUAGAGCCAGAUUUUGUUCUACUGGCCCUCUUUUUUUUUUUUUUUAAACCCAGAUGGUAUAGUGAAGAAUUGGUUUUUGGGGAAGGAAGUUGAAUUCUCUGGGGACGGUAAGACUUAUUCCCAGAGCUUGCACCCAGGGCCAUUGCAUUCCAUGGCAAAUGUUGUCUAACUCCAUUUCAAGAUCUAUUGUUUCAUUAUCUAUUAUUACAGGAACUGUUUACUCUUUUCUUUUUCUAGGUAGGAGUGUUUGGGGAUUGACAUUUAAAAACCAGGCACAGCAAAGUGUUUCAGGGUGAAGAAAGACCCCUUUCAGCCCUGGGUAGGAGCACAUAAGGUAGACAGCAAGUCUUCUGAUCCAGUCACCCUCCAGACAUCUCCUGUGUCUGGUGGUCCUUUGCUAACCGGUCCUUUGAGUGACUGAGGCCAGCAUGAGAUGGACGGCAAGAACACUGAAAUCAAAGCCUUAGCACAGGCCUGGUAGCGACUGCACAUCAGCUCUUAAAAUUAACAAACUAAACAACUAAAACUAAACAAAAGAGAAUUCGGUCACUGUUACCAGGAAUCAUUCUGCUCUUGUUAGUAAAGGGCUACAGGAAGGGAGGCUUCCUGAAUAAACAUCCAGAUGUGACCAGACCUGUUUGUAAUCGUAAGUGUCCUCUGAAAGAAUCGUUAAGACAUGGGGAGCAUGAAGCUGAAAUCAGAAACACUUCUUUGCUAACUUAGAUUCUGCCAAAUAGAUGAACCCCUCCACCCCCAAGCCUGGAACAGGCCAGGAUGUGUGUCCUGUGCUAGAAGUAAACAGCAAGGCUAACUCAAGACCCAGCCUCUGUCCACUCUCUCUGAUGCUGAAGGACUAUCUCCCACUCAGCCAGCCCAGAGUGGACGUCAGUGUCUCUUCUCUCUCUGUCUCUCAUCAAGAAGGUGAAAUGUACAGCUAUAGCGUCAGCCUACAGCCAGGAGCCCAGCAGCCUCUCAGCUUUUUUUGUCCAGGUCUCAGCCCUGUUGGGCUCUUUGCAUCUUACCCUUUUUAACUACUACUCACUGAGGAGCUGCUGCCACAUUUUGAAAACUUCUCAGUGUUUAUUAGAAAAGUGCCCCCUGUUUAUUUGGAACACCACACGUACCACCUGCACCCACCUGAGUGGGUGAGCAGGUUCUACGGUUUUACAAAUAACACCACUGAUGCCACUUCUCCCGAACGUGUAUCUUAGAAUUUUCUAGGACGGACAGAUUUAGGGUCCAUGCCUUACUGGACAAAACACCUAAACUGUCAACAGUCACGAUGCAAUUCUUUUUUAGCCAUUGUAAGAGGGAGUGAAUAUCACUACUGGGCGCCGGUUGUUUUUGUCUAAAAAUUGCCAACUGGACCUUAUUGGAGCAGGAGACAAAGUCUUUCCUUGUAAGCAGACUGCCUGUGCCCUGUUUUGCUACUUCACUGCCACGGGAUGAUCUCAGUGCUGUACCUUAGA